AUCCACCGACAUGUCAAUCCUCGCCAAGACCGACUCCGAGGUCAGCAGUUUGACCCAAUCGUCGCCGGCGAGAUCCCCUCGACGGCCAGUGUACUACGUUCAGAGCCCAUCACGGGACUCCUCAAACGACGGAGAGAAGACCACGAAUUCAUUCCACUCGAGCCCACUGCAGAGCCCAUUGGGCUCCCCUCCCCGGUCCCACUCAAACUCAUCCCUGGGCCCACAUUCCCGCGAAUCUGCCUCCACUCGCUUCUCGGAAUCCCGCAAGAGCAACAACCGCAAGGGCCCGUGGAGGCCACGGAAAAAUCAGUUCGACGCUAUCGAGGAAGAGAACCUUCUCGACGCUGACGAUGCUGCACGACAACAUUGCUCCCAACGUCGCUGCUAUUUUCUUGCUUUUGUUGUUGGCUUCGCAUUGCUCUUCUCUGUUUUCUCUCUCAUUCUGUGGGGUGCAAGUCGUCCCCAAAAACCUCUCAUUUCCCUCAAGAGUAUAACGUUUGAUGAAUUUGUGAUUCAAGCGGGUGCGGAUUUGUCAGGAGUUGCGACCAGCAUGGUGUCCAUGAAUUCCACUGUGAAACUGACAUUUCGCAAUACUGCUACAUUUUUCGGGGUCCACGUCACCUCAACUCCCCUAGAUCUCAAUUAUUAUCAGCUUACUCUUGCCACUGGAACAUUGCCUAAGUUUUAUCAAUCAAGAAAAAGUCAGAGAUCCGUGAGAGUGACCGUGAAAGGGAGUCAUAUACCAUUGUACGGAGGGGGAGCUAGCCUGAGCAGCAUGAAUGGUGCACCGGUUGAGCCGGUUGCCAUGACAUUGAGCUUGAUGGUGCGGUCAAGGGCUUAUGUUUUGGGCAAAUUGGUGAAGCCCAAGUUCUACAAGAAGAUUGAGUGCUCCGUGGUUUUGGAUCCGAAAAAGAUGGGCGUGCCCAUUUCGCUCAUGAAAAGUUGCACUUACCAAUAA